UCACUUUCAGACCCCAAAGGGCUCCGUGCUAACAUCGGGGUUUUUUUUGGCCCAGAAGCAGAACUGUCCAAGGUCCAAGAAGUUUGUUGUUCAAUAAGAUAAAUUCAUUUUUAGCCCAGCAGCAGAAAAUGUCCACGGGUCAAGUGUCUGUUGUUCAUUAAGCCCAGCAGAAGAAAUUGCCCAAGAUUCAAGAUGUUUAUUGUUUAAUAAGUUAAAUUUCUAACUGGGAUACUUUGCUCAUACUCUUCACUUCUAACCAGUUGGCUUUGGCUUAAUCAAGAGAAACAAUGGGUCCAUGCUAACAUUGUUAAACUAUGACCCAAUCAAGAGAAACAAGGGUAUCUCCAUUAGACUAAUUAAAUACACCAUCUACCUAACCUGAUAACGUUGUUGAGAAACAUCACAUGCCAAUGAUGACAAUUGAUAGAAAAACAGUAUAAAUAUUAGAAGGCUAUCACAGUUGGGAGAAUCGAUAGAGCGAAGAAACAGGAUUCAUUCCUCUGCCUUGGUUUUGGCAACAGAUGACUUGUUCAUCUUCAACUCUUUGGUUUGAUGAGCAUGACGGAGUUGGUACAUUGGGGGCUGUUGAGAAACAUUCAUUCUCUCCAUGCAGAAGCCACUUGACCUGCUGAGUCUUUUCAGUGUUUAAUGCCUUAAUUUUAAUGGGACAUGGUUUCCUGUGCUGAGGGGUAAGAAUGGUCACAGAGGAUUGAUGGAAGCUUAGCUGCUGUUACUGACUAAGCGAGUAUCGUUGAAGGCAGGCAUCGAAAUAAUGAUCAAACUUUCCCUUAUUCUCUCACUGGAGUUAAUCACUUUCUGGCUAUACUUCAACCUUGCCAAGAGUAACGGCACAAACACGAGGAAAUCUACAGAUGCUGGAAAUUCAAGCAACGCACACAAAAUGCUGGUGGAACACAAGCAGGCCAGGCAGCAUCUAUAGGAAGAAGCACAGUCAAUGUUUAAGGCCAAGACCCUUUGUCAGGGGUAACGGCUUCUGGUCCCAGAGGAGGACACUAGGUGGGAAGGUUGUCACAAAACAAAGAAAUGCCAUGGAACCCAUUUAAGAAAAUGUCAAAAACGUAACAGGUGAAAAAAGAACAAAUAGUGCAAAUGGCAAAAAGCAAGGACUUUCCUGCAAACCCACUGCCACCUUCCUCUCUCAAUCAAUUUAGUUGUUUGUGUUAAUUACUGCUAAUGUUUCAAUUUAACACAAGAUUUAUUUGUCAAAUGUCCUAUUUUCCUGCUCUGUUUAUCUCAGGGCCAAUCUGGCUGUGAAUCCACAGAUUGUGACUGGAUUUAUAGGUUUAGCUAUAAGAUUCCACUCAUGACAAACUAAUCUUUUCCUGUAGGUGGCAGAAACCUGAGAGAAGAGCAGGAUGGACAGUUAGUGAUUGCUCACGUGUGCCUAACGCUGAGGCCAGCCAUACAUCAUACUGAUGUCUUGUAGCUGCAAUGACCCAGGUUCAGUUCUGACCUCCAGUGCUGCCUGAGUGUAAAUUGCAAGGACAGUAUGCAAUUUCUCUGGAUCCAUGGUUUCUUCCCAUACCACAAAAAUACUUUGGUUAGUUGUGUAAUUGGCCACUCCAGUGGAUAACAGGAGAAUCAGGAGGAGUUAUGGAUGGGGAUAUAAAAGAGAAUGGGUUAUUGGAAAGUGAGUGGGAGAAUGGGAAUGAUUGAUUGCUGGGACAGAUGUAACAAUCUCAUUGGGCUGAAUUGCCUGAAGUGCCAUUUGAAAUUCUUUAGAAGGGGAAAAUGAAAUUUAAAAAAAAGAGCAAUAUAAAGGAUCUUUCAUGCCUUGACAGGGGUAAUGUGAAAGCAUCUUCCUGUGGGAGAAUCUAGACCCAGCAAUACUUUUAAAAGUAAGAGGCUACUUUUUUAAAAUAGAGAUGAGUGACAUUUUUAGGUCAUUAAAUGUUAGACUCUCUGCUUUAAGAGUAGUUGAUGCAGUAUUUUGAAUGAUUUUAAAGUAGAUAGAUCCCCAAAGAGCAGAGGUUAAAGAUUACUGUAGGUCAGACUUUAGUCUAUGGUGUGGCAAGUUUGAGGGGCUGAAUGGCUUACUCCUGUUCUUAAUCCACAUGCAAUAGAAAAUAACCAAGGCCAACAGGAACAUAACUCUUAGGCCCCAGAUCAGCAAAUGGAAGCUGGUUCAGAUGAAUGUGAGAAGUUCUGCAGACGCUGGAAAUCCAAAGCAACGCCCUCAAAAUGCUGGAAGAACUCAGCAGGUCAGGCUGUAUCUAAGGAGAUGAAUUAGGUAAAAAAAAUUAAAGUCUGUCCUGAGCCUUAUAGGCUCAUCGGGACAGUGCUUACACUAGUUUCCGUGGCAGGAAGCGACUGAGAGUACGAGACUCACCACCCCCCGCAACCUCGGAUAGGACACCAGUCUAUCGCGAGGUUAACCCCCAGCAUCAUGUCCCUACCCAUUUUCAGCUGGGUGGAUUGGAGCAAUGUGUGGUUAAGUGCCUUGCUCAAGGACACAACACGCUGCCUCAGCUGGGGCUCGAACUCAUGACCUUCAGAUCGCUAGUCUAGCAGCUUAACCACAUGGCCACGCACUGCACAUGGACAUGAAAAAGCAGCCAAUAUUUCAGACAAGACCCUUCUUCAGGACUGGAAUGGAAGGGGAAAGAUGCCAGACUAAAAAGUCUGGAGGAGAAUAGGGAUAGCUAGAAGGUGAUGGGGGAGUACAUAAUCAAAGAGUUAGAGAGUAGCAUUUCAGUACUGGAAAGGAAGCGGGAAUAUGUCAGAAUAAGCAUUGACCAAGCAUUUCUGGAGGAAAUCACCUGAUUUCAAUACAAAACAUUCAGUAAAACACCAUGAAGUGCUCACUCUCUCCUGACCCACAGAAACUCCUAAAACAGCAACAAAAAAUGCUGCAAGUGCUCAGCAAGUCAGGCUGCAUCUGCUGAGUACUUCCAGCAUUUUGAUUUUAUUUUACAUUUGCAGUUUCUGCAGCUUCUCACUUACAUCAAAGAUCCUGAUCUGCUGUCCCUGCAGGAGCGAUAGGUGCUGGGAAUGAAGUGAAACUUCAAAGCAACGGGCCUCAUUGCUCUUACCCAUUGCUCCCAGGUUCCUGUCACACUGGCAGACUUAAACAGUUCUAAACUUUCUCAAAGAGUCUGAAACGGUAAAGGCAGUACGUAUAUUUUUAUUAUUUGAAUUCUAACCUCAAUUGCAUUCCAUUCAAAUCACAGCUGGGCAAGGCUGCUGUUGGACUUGUGUGGGGGAUGGUGUUGGUGCUUGUCUGACUGAUGUGAUUCUGGGAAACUGGAAUUCCCCACACUUUACAGACAACUUGGAUAAAGAAGAACAUUAGAACAUAGAAUGGUGCAACACAGUAACAGGUCCUUUGGCCCAUGAUCCUGUGCCAAACCAAUUAAACUAAUGACUCAUAAUCCCUUCGAUCUGCAAGUGAUCCAUUUCCUUCCAUUCUCUGCAAGUUCAUAUGCCCACCUUUUACACAUCUCUAUUAUAGCUGCCUUAUGCAGCACUGCUGACAACACAUCCCAGGCACCCAACACUCUUGCCCUGCAUAGUCCAGUUGAACUUUACCCCUCACCUUAAAAGUUUAAGGUACAUUUAUCAUCAAAGUAUGUACAGAUUAUACAAUCUUGAGAUUUGUCUCCUUUCAGGCAACUACAAAAAAAAGACACCCAAAAUUACCCAUUAAAAACAGACCGUCAAAUACCCAAUGUGCAGAGAGGAAACUAUUGUUUGGACAUACAAUAAAAAUAAGCAAAUGGCAUUUAGAAUGAAAGUGAGUCCUCAGACAGGGAAACCAAGCAUUCCACGGUCUUAGCUUCUGUUCAGCGCAGAGACAAGUCAGCGUAUCAGAGCCCACAGACACGCAGUGUGGCGUAGCCAGAGUAGGCCAAGGUCUCAACCUCAGUUCAGGACAGAGCGGAAAAAGUACCUCGGAGCCCACAGACAUGAAGUCCGGAGUAGCUGGAGCAGGUCACAGCCUUAACCUCAGUGCAGCACGGAGCGAGUAAACAUUGUGGAGUGGUGAUUAGAGCCAGCCCGACUCUUGCCUCUGGUCCUGACACCCUGGCCUUUGCAUCCAGAAAAUAUAGUUUCAAAUGCAUUUCAAUCCAAUGAAAAAUAUGCCAACUAUCUACCCUCUGUAUGCCUGUCAUAAUUAAUAACUUGUGCAGGUGCCUACUCAGCCUCCACUGCUCCUACAUCCUGUCUCUAAGAAUCUUCCCCAAUCAUUUGCCCAACACUGAAGUAAGACUCACUGACCCAUAAAUCCCAGGGUGUUCCCUGCUUGAACAAAGGAAUAACAUUUACCACCUUCCAGUCAUCCGGUACAACUUCUGUGGCUAUUGGGGAUGCAAAUACCAUAACUCCUCCUCCACUUUCCAUGGUAACCUGGGGAUUAUCCCGUCUGACCCCAGAGGACCUAUCUAUUGUAAUGUUUUUCAAAAGUUCCAGCUUAGCCUUUCUUAGCACGUUUCUUCAACACGUUCAAGCAUAUCAGCCUGUUUGGCACCGUCCUCACAAAUGGCAAGUUCCCUCUCUCUGGUGAAUACUGAAGCAAACUAUACAUUAUGGACUUUCCUUUCCCACUCCAAACCCAGGCAUAUGUUACCUCUACUUUCCUUGAUCAGUUCCUACCCUCACUCUUGCCAUUCUCUUGUUCAUCAAAACAUAUAGAAUGGUUUUCCUUAAUCCUACUUGCCAAGGCCUUCUCAUGUUCCCUUCUAGCUCUCCUAAGUCCACUCUCCAGUUCCUCCCUGGCUACCUUGUAAUUCUCUAAUGUUCUGUCUGACCCUUGCUUUCAAACCUUAUCUAAGCUUCCUUCUUCCUCUUCUACAUCUCUUGUCAACUAUGGUUUCUUCAACCUAGCAUCCUUCCCUGCCUCAGUGGGACAAACCUACCCAGAACACUAUGAAAGUUCUUCGUAGACAACCACCACAUUUUUGUUGUUCAUUUCCCAAAGGACAUCUGUUCCCAGUUUACACUUCCAAGUUCCUGCCCAAUAGCAUCAAAAUUCCCCUUCUGUCUGCUCCUAUCCUUUUCCUAGGUUGUGGUAAAAGUCAGGGAGCUGUGGGUGAUGUCUCUAAAGUACUCUCUCACGGACAGAUCUCUCACCUGACCUGGUUUGUUAACUAGCAGCAGAUCCAGCACAGCCUCUAGUCAGCCUGUCUAUUUAUUGUGUCAGGAAUCCUUCCUGGGCACACCUGAGACUGUUCAACUCAGUAACCUGCCUGAAUCUUGAUGGUCUUCUGGAAUCAAUGGAAUCAAAAAAAAGUAUCCAUUUCACCUCAUGUGGCUGAAUUGAAGAGAAUGGCCAAGCAUUAUCAGUUCAGUGAAAGGCUUACUGAUGCACUGAGAGAUUGUUUAGUUUGUAGAUUCUUACAAGAAAGCAUUCAAAAAUAGCUCGUAACUGAAGCACAGCUCACAUUUAAAAGAGCCGUUGAAAUUGCUGUAUCAAUGGAAACUGCAGACCGAGACACAACUCAGAUGGAGUCAGGAAUGAAAGUGAGUGUGAAAAAUAUUGCCACGGCUAAACAGAAACCAUCUUGGCCAAACAAAUUGCGUUACUGUUGUGGCAGGGGCUCACAUACACUAGACCAAUGCAGACUAAAAGAUGAAACUUGCAGAAAAUGCAAAGUAGGACACCUAGAAAGAGUUACUUAGACAGAUAAAAACAAAUGGACUGCACGGGGAAAAACAACAGUUAGAAGUGGAGUUGCAGUUCAAAACAGAGCAAUGAUCUGCAUGCUGCUGAUGAAAAAUCUGAUAAUGAUGAGAGUAACACAGGAUCGGGUAGCUUACAACAGAUGUGAAAGGCAAGUUAAUUAAAAUGGAAUUGGACACUGGCUCGACUGUUUCAGUUAUUCCACAAAAUGAGUUGAAGUGGCAUUUCAAAGAAACUAAACUCAAGUCUGCAGAUACCAAACUAAGAACUUACGAUAAAACUCCUGGGGGAAUGACAUUUUUACAGUGAAAUACAACAACCAACAAGCUACAUUGGGUUUAUAUGUGAAAAAUCAGGAGGACCAGCAUUGUGGGGUUGUGAUUGGCUGAGACAACUACAUCUUGAUUGGAGAUCCAUCCCACAUCCCCAAGAACCCAAGCAUAUCAAGGGAAAAAUAAUGUGAAAUGAAAAUGCCACACCCACAUUUUACAAAGCCCAUUUGGUUCGUUAUAUCAUCUGCGAUAAAGUCGCAUGUGAGCUUGAUUCCAUGGAGGCUGAAGAAAUUCUUUCCAACGCUGAUUGGAGCCCAUGGGCAAUGUCAGUUGUCCCAGUAACCACAAAGAAUGGGUCUGUGGUGAUGUUAAGGUCACCGGCAAUCCAGUACUGAAGGCAGAUCACUAUCAUCUGCCCAGGUUAAAGGUUAUCUUUGCAACCCUUUCUGGAGAGAAACACUUCAGCAAAGUGGACUUAGCUAAGGCUACCUACAGAUGGAGAUACAAGAAGAGUCCAAAGUGUUCCCUGCCAUAAAUAUUCACAAAGGGCUUUAUUGCAAUAGUAGGCUAAUUUGUGGAGUAGCAUCUGCAUCUACACUCUGGCAGAAAGCUUUGGACCAGGUGCUGAAAGGCUGCUCAUGCACUAAGUGUUACCUGGAUGACUUCAUUGUUACCAGUGAGGAGGACAAGAAACAUCUUGAAGCUCUUAAGACUGUGUUAAAAAUAUUAGAAGAUUAUGGGCUCAGAGCACAUUGUAACAGAUGUGAAUCCUUUAAACCAAGUAUCAGUUACUGUGGUCACAACUUUGAUGCUCAAGUAUUACACAAGUGUGCUAUGAAAAUUCAAGCAGGGUGGAUGCUCUAAGACCAAAGGACAUAUCACAGUUGCAAUCUUUUUCGGGAUUUGUCAAUUACUAUAACAGGUUCCUGCCAAACCUGGCUACUGUUCUUCACCCCUUGAACUCAUUACUACAGAUUGGGAAGAAUUGGUAAUGGACAGAGAUUUGUGAGGUGGCUUUCAAAAAGGUAAUGGAAAUGAUGAUGUCAGACCCUGUACUCACAUAAUAUGAUCAAAAUUGCUCAGCGUAGCUUGUCUACGAUACCUGGCCUUAUGGUACAGGUGCGGUCAUGCCCCAAGUUAUGAGUGAUGGAAGUCAAUGCCCCCUAGCCUUUGUAUCACGUUCCCUUUUUGUGACAGAGAAAAAUUACAAAUGGAUUGACAGAGGGCUUUGAAUCUGAUUUGGAUUGUAAAACAUUUUAACCAGUACUUCUAUGGGAGAGAGGUAACCCUCAUUACUGAUCAUCAACUACUAGUGUUCAUUUCCAAUCCACAGAAGUGUGUUCCAACAAGAGCAGCAGCACAAAUGCAGAGACAGGCUCUUUGUCUUGGAGGAUAAAAUCAAUCUCAAGAGGACAUCUGAUCAUGGAAAUGCUGAUUGAUUGUCCCAUUUACCCUUGGAAAAGGAAAUGCCUGAAAAAUUUAUAAAAGAGGAUACAUAUGAAUUUAUAAAAGAGGAUGCAUACAUACAAGGGGCUUGGACCUGGUGGGAAAGUGUUGAACAAUGACAUCUAUCUUGGAAUGUUCUGUGGCAGAUGGAACUGCUCCGCAUUUCUUUUCAAUACAGAGCAGUGAAUGACCUGCUCCCAACACCUGCCAACCUCAGCACCUGGUAUGAAGAUAAGAAAGAGAGGAGUGCUGCUUGUAGUGAAAAGGGAACUGUGCUGUCUUUACGACAGUUAUUUAGUUUAUAAUAUUUUCGCUUAGUAAUUCAUUCAAUAGUAUUUUCUAGUUAGAAUUAGAAGUGUCUAAAGUAUAUUCUUUGCAUGUAAAAUAUAUCGGCAUGCGAUGACGUCCGGUUUCGCCGCGUCUUGUGGGAAAAUUAGCGUUUGAAAUUAGCGCGAGGGUGGGGGCUCACCACGAGGCUCACCUGAGCAGAAGUUGUUUUGCAGGCAUGAGAAAUCACAGUGAGAGCAACGCUGUAAGUUAAUAGGUAAUCGAUAUAUUGAACUAAGAUGUUAAUGCCGAUCCUGUUAGAAGUAACGACGGUAGAUAAUGUUUAUGCUUUCGUUAGUUAAAGAUUCGCGGAUAGUUUGCAUGGAAGUGUAUUUAAAGUAGUCAAUGGAGCAGGUAAACUCUCCCUGUAUACUGCACCUUAGUGUAAUGUAGUUAUAGUCACCUUUGCAAGUAUUUACACUUGAAAUGUGAUAUUAAGCAAAGAACAAAUACUGUAUCAAUCUUGUGUUGUUUUAUCAACAGUUUUCACCAUAUGUUAAUGUGAAGAGUGAACAGUAAAUGGUUAAUCUUACUGCGAUCUGGUUCUUAUUAACUGUGGUUUAUCUCGACGUUAAAUUCAGCGUUUCGUGACACGCGAAGGAGAACGUUACAGUGAAAAAGUGGCAUUAUCAGGUGUUUCAAGUGCUGCAAUGUCAGCUCGAUCCAGCAUCAAGUUGACGCCGCCCAGCGACAAGGGCGGUAAACUGACAUCAAGUAAGUCCACCCAGGCAAGAGUCAAGGCAGAAGCUGCCAAGGUGCGACUGCGUUACGCCAGACAAAAGGCAGUUUUGAAAAUGAAACUGGCCAUCAGAGAAGCCGAAAUCCAGAAAGAAGCCGAAAUCCAGAAAGAAAAGGCUGCCAGAGAAGCCGAAAGGGCCGCCAGAAAGGCAGAAGCCGCCAAGGUGCGACUGCGUUACGCCAGACAAGAAGCAGUUUUGAAAAUGAAACUGGCCACCAGAGAAGCCGAAAUCCAGAGAGAAGAGGCUGCCAGAGAAGCCGAAAUCCAGAAAGAAAGGGCCGCCAGACAAAGAGAAGAGGCUGCCAGAGAAGCCGAAAUCCAGAAAGAAAGGGCCGCCAGACAAAGAGAAGAGGCUGCCAGAGAAGCCGAAAUCCAGAAGGAAAGGGCUGCCAGACAAAGAGAAGAGGCCGCCCGAGAAGCCGAAAUCCAGUUGGAAAUGGCAAAAAUAUUGACAGAGUUGCAAGUGCUGCAGCUAGAAAGAGAAGAAGAAGCUGCCAUGGCGGAAGCAAAGUACAUAGAAGAAGCUGAAGGGUCGCGUGAUCUGACCGCAGUAAGAUCUACUUUAGAAAGGACCAGACUGGAACGCACAAGCGACUAUGUACAAUCUCAAAUAGACAGGCAGGCUCGUCUCCCCUCUCCAUACCUAUUCGAAAAUUUACCCUCGCGGCUCCGUGAUGAAGUCAAGAAUGAAAGAACCGACAACGCUCCUUCACCCCCACAACAGGACGGCGGGGAGGGAGAGGUUCACUCCAGGACAACAAUUGUCAGCUCGAACUGUACAGAAGUUUGCGGUCAAACUCAGUCAAGCCGUUCUUGUUCCGAGAUCUGCCUCACUGAGGUGUACCCUGAAGAAGCACAACAAGACAUUACCAAGCGUAAAGUAACCAACAAGACGCUAGGUCAGUCAGUUUUCAUUCAAACCGAGCACGGAAACAAACUUGCACAAUCAGCUCAAGAUACCAUUUCUUUAAAACCCAAAGACACCAAGGUCUUCAGAGAUGAAGCAAAUAAUGGGGUUGCCCCAUUGCCUUUCAGAGAACCACGCCAGCGCUCACCAGAUAACAAAGAGCAGGCAGUCAAAUGGUUCACGUCCUUACGGAAAACCCAGAAAAGGAAACCUGAGAUGCAGCAACGCACCCGAUUGGCCCACGAGGUACUGUGCACCCUAAUGGCAGAGGUCACCGCCAUUAUAAACGCACAAUCAUUCCUACCUGUGUCUUCUGACCCAGAAAACCCCUUUAUACUUUCGCCAUCAACGCUCCUUACGCAGAAGGCAGGAGCACCUCCUCCACCAGGAGACUUCUCAGACAAGGAUUUGUACACAAAGCAAUGAAGACAAGUCCAGGCUCUGGCAAAUCAGUUCUGGCCUCGCUGGAGACAGAAAUAUCUACCUUUGUUGCAACAGAGACAAAAGUGGACAGAACCCCACAGGAAUCUUCAAGUUGGAGACUUAGUCCUGCUCAGGGACAAGCAAAUCGCCCGCAACAGCUGGCCAACGGCCAGAAUCACUGCUACAUUCCCUAGCGGGGAUGGACAUGUCAGGAAGAUCGAAUUGAAGACUACCGACCAAGGCGAUGUGAAAAUUUACCAAAGGCCAGUUACAGAAGUUAUUCUACUUCUACCCAAUGACUGAUUAAGAGACUAAGUUUUGUACUCUGCUCAUUGUGACCUUACGAAGGUCAAGUGGGGAGUGUGCUGUCUUUACGACAGUUAUUUAGUUUAUAAUAUUUUCGCUUAGUAAUUCAUUCAAUAGUAUUUUCUAGUUAGAAUUAGAAGUGUCUAAAGUAUAUUCAUUGCAUGUAAAAUAUAUCGGCAUGCGAUGAUGUCACAUCUGGUUUCGCCGCGUCUUGUGGGAAAGUACCGGUUUGAAAUUAGCACGAGGGUGGGGGCUUACCACGAGGCUCACCCGAGCAGAAGUUGUUUUGCAGGCAUGAGAAAUCACAGUGAGAGCAACGCUGUAAGUUAAUAGAUAAUCGAUAUAUUGAACUAAGAUGUUAAUGCCGAUCCUGUUAGAAGUAACGACGGUAGAUAAUGUUUAUGCUUUCGUUAGUUAAAGAGUCGCGGAUAGUUUGCAUGGAAGUGUAUUUAAAGUAGUCAAUGGAGCAGGUAAACUCUCCCUGUAUACUGCACCUUAGUGUAAUGUAGUUAUAGUCACCUUUGCAAGUAUUUACACUUGAAAUGUGAUAUUAAGCAAGGAACAAAUACUGUAUCAAUCUUGUGUUGUUUUAUCAACAGUUUUCACCAUAUGUUAAUGUGAAGAGUGAACAGUAAAUGGUUAAUCUUACUGCGAUCUGGUUCUUAUUAACUGUGGUUUAUCUCGACGUUAAAUUCGGCGUUUCAUGACACGCGAAGGAGAACGUUACAGGAACACUUCAACAUAUUUUGAGUGCAUGCAGUGUCAACCUUUCCAGUGGCAUGUACACUUGGAGACAUAACAACGUUCUCAAACUUGUAACAGAAGCAGUUGAGCAGAGAGUACUGCAGCACAAAUUAUCUCAUGCCCCACACAGCAGAGAACAUCGCAUAUCAUUUGCAAAAGAAGGCUGCAAGUCAAGGGUGUACAGCGCAGGUCCACGAUCAAGCAUACUUUCUUCAGCCAAUGAUUUGUGUGUCAAGGCUGACCUGGAUGGGAAAGGCAGUUUCCCGGAGCAAAUAGUUUUCACCACAUUGCGUCCAGAUAUAAUCGUCUGGUCUGACAUCAGUAGAGAAGUGGGUAUUGGUGAACUCACAGUCCACUGGAAAGACAACAUCGAUCAAGCCCAUGAGCGCAGGAUAACCAAGUAUGCAGAGUUAAGAUCAGAGUGCAGAGGCAGAGGGUGGAAGGUUUCAUGCUAUCCAUUCGAAAUAGGUUGUUGUGGCUUUAUUGCGUUCACUUUCCAGAAGUGGCUGCGUGACCUUGGCUUCACUAGAAGAGAGACCAAGUCAACCAGCAGGGCUGUAGCUGAGGCAGCAGAGACAGGAUUAUCAUGGGUGUGGACCAAGUACGUCCAGAGGGGCAGAUAGUCAGACAGUGUAUCCAUCUUUUGUAAACUCUUCAGUAGCUGCAUAGACACCUGAAGAGUAGACUAUCUGUUGGAUGGAAGCGACCAACAACUCUGAUAGAGGCAGAUGCCAAGUUGUUAAGCUCAUCAGUGGGAGGUGGUGCUUUAGCACUGCUGGCCCACCACCUUGAGGGAGUCUUGAUCAUAAGCGGGCCGAAACUGCUGAAGACAGGUGGCAGAUCAACUGAUAAUCCCACUGAUGAUAGCACAGGACAGUUAACAUCUCAGUCCACGUGUACUUUCAAUUCUAAUUCUAUAUCGAUGUAUUCUCCCUAAUGCAGACAGCAUAUCUCCCUAUUACACAGAGAGGAUCCAAAAGGAAACCAGAAAAUAACCUAGACUGUUUCAGGUCUAUGUUGCCACCCAAAAUUGGCCGGGAUGUGCAACAGAAACAGAAGUUUCACCAUUUUUACCAGCGUCAGGAUGAACUUGCCUUUGAUGGAGGUUGUAAUUGAGAGUUUUCGUGUCAUUCAAAAUGAGAGAUAAAGUGUUAGAGAAACUAUGUGCCUGUCCUCUCGGAGUGAUCAAAAUGAAAGCGUUGACUUGAAGCUUUGUCUGGCAGCCUGGGAUAAAUCAGCAGAUCAAGCAGCUUGCCAUGUUCUGUUUGGGAUGCUGAUACAUUGCAAAGAAAGGUAUCCAGAGCUAUCAGAACAAUUUCCUGCUGUCCCAGAGUCAACACCUACAAUCACGGCGGAGAGCCCCAGAACCUGAGAUUCUUUCACACUGACAAGUCUCACCUGCCAAGCAGAGUAACCUCACUGGUGAGGAAAGAUUUUAUCCCACAAGAGUAAGGAAUCCUCCACACCAAUUAUGUCUUUAGAUCUGAAUGGAUUUAAUAUUUUACAUUUAAUAUUUUAAAUUUAAUAUUUACAAUGCUGUGGAUGUCUGUGUAGUAGUUAUAUUUUAUACCAUGUAUACAGUUGAGAUGCAUUCUAUACUGAGUUAGAGUUUAUAGCUAAGCAGUGCUGUGGAUUUACUAUAUCAAUAAUUUUUGAGUAAUACUGGAAAUAUGUUGUUUGAUUAAACAUUCUUUGUUGUUUGCAUAAUGAGUUAUAUGAAAAAGUAUGUGAAUGGCAUACAUCAAGAUGCCACCACAUCAUACGUGUGCCUCGCUAAAGUUAAAAACAGAAAUAUAGUACAUUUAAUAAAUUUACAAUGGCUCAUUAACCUCCCAGCACAACUUUGAGAUGUGAGAGAUGGCUCUGGAACCACAAAUGAAAUCUACAGAGUGUCGUGGAUAUUCACUUUCAGACCCCAAAGGGCUCCGUGCUAACAUUGGGUUUUUUUUUUGGCCCAGAAGCAGAAGUGUCCAAGGUUCACGAAGUUUGUUGUUCAAUAAGAUAAAUUCAUUUUUGGCCCAGCAGCAGAAAAUGUCCACGGGUCAAGAGUCUGUUGUUCAUUUAGCCCAGCAGCAGAAAUUGCCCAAGAUUCAAGAUGUUUGUUGUUUAAUAAGUUAAAUUUCUAACUGGGAUACUUUGCUCAUAUUCUUCACUUCUAACCAGUUGGCUUUGGCUUAAUCAAGAGAAACAAUGGGUCCAGGCUGAUCUUGUUAAACUAUGACCCAAUCAAGAGAAACAAGAGUAUCUACAUUAGACUAAUUAAAUACACCAUCUACCUAACCUGAUAAUGUUGUUGAGAAACAUCACAUGCCAAUGAUGACAAUUGAUAGAAAAACAGUAUAAAUAUUAGAAGGCAGUCACAGUUGGGAGAAUAGAUAGAGUGAAGAAACAGGAUUCAUUCCUCUGCCUUGGUUUUGGCAACGGAUGACUUGUUCAUCUGCAACUCUCUGCAGUUAGGGACCAUGAUGCAAAGCCUAUGGGGGUGUCCACUUCUAUCACUCAUAACACGUGACAUUGUUGGACCAAUACCAUAAGGUGAGGUGCCACAGGCAAACUUCAUUGGAUAACCUGCAUCAUAAUGUGUGAGUACAGUGUCUGAUGUCACCAUUUCAUUUGUCUUUUGCAAAGCCAUCUCAGACCUCUUUGUCCAUUGCCAUUUCUUCCAAAUCUAUAGUAAUGAAUUCAGGGGUAGAGCACACCAGCUAGGUUUAGCAGAAACCUGUUAUAGUAAUUGACAAAUCCUAAAAAGGACCUUAACUGUGAUAUGUCCUUUGGCCUUGGAACAUCCACCAAAUGCCUGAACUUUCUCAGCAUAUUUGUGAGUCAAUGGUGUGAUCACUGUAAAUGAAGUUAAGGAAUCAUUUACUGAAGCUUAAAAAUGUGAAGCUUAAAGAAUUCACAUUUGUUGCAUUGUGCUCUGAGCUCAAUCUUCUAUUUUUUAUUUUUAAAACACAGUUGUGAUAUUUUGGAGAAUUUCUUUGUCAUCCUCACCAAUAACGAUAACGUCAUCCAAGUAACAGAGUGCCUGGACAGCUUUGCAGCACCUGGUCCAUAACUUUCUAUCAAAGUGCAGGUGCAGAUGCUGCUCCAAAAAGUAAGCCUAUUAUAGUGAGAAAGCCAUUUGUGGCUGAUUAUGAUGAGGAGCACUUUGGACUCUUCUUCAAUCUCCAUCUGAAGGUAGACCUCAGCUAAGUCCACUUUGCUGAAGUGUUUCUGCCCAGUAAAGUGUGCAAAAUCCUGGGCAGAGUGUAUUAAUUUACCCUCAGUACAUGGUUGUGGGUGACCUUAAAAAUCACCAGAGGUCCUGACAGACCCAGUCUUCAUGGGUACUGGGACCACUGGAAUUGUCCAUGGGCCCCACUCAACCUUAAGACAUUCCUGCAGCCUCCUUGUAAUCUGGCUCACUGGCUACGUUAUCAUGGAUGGUAUAAGGAUCAAGAGGGGCUUUGUAAAACUUGGGUGUGACAAAUAGUGGAUGGAUCUCCAAUCAAGCUGUAGUUGUCUCAGCCAAUCAUGACCUCACAAUGCUGCUGCUCUUGUUUUUACCACAUACAAGCCAAUGUGGCUUGUUGGUUGGUAUUUCACUGUUACAAACAUUAUUCCAAUAGGAAUUAUCUUUACUCCAGUAUGGGUUCCUGGCUUGUUACCAGUAGGCUUCAGUUUAGUACCUUUCUAAAUGCCAUUCAAACUCAUUUUGUUGAAUGACUGAAACAGCCGAGCCAGAGUCCAAUUCCAUAUUAAUGAAUUUGUCAUUCACUACUGAUAUAAGCCAUAUUGCUUGUUUUUGCUAGUUUUCACAUUGUAAAGCUCGUCUACCCUGUCCUGUUACCCUCUCAUCAUUAUCAGACUUUUCAUUAAUGGUAUGCAGAUUAGUGCUUUUUGAAACCACAACUUGACAUUCUAUCUUCUUCUCUACCCUGUGUGCUCCAUUUACAUUUUCCUGACUGACAUAUUUUUUAUAUGUAUCCUACGUUGUUGUAUUUUCUGCACAUUGCACCUUUAAUCAUUCAUUAGUCUGGUAUAUGUGAGGAUCUACCAGAAUGGUAGAACAAUUUGAUGGCCAUGCCAGUUUCUGUUCUGAUAUUGCAAUUUUGUUCAUGCUCACUUUCAUUCCUGACUGCAACUCAAUUGUAUCUUUCAACUGUUCUUUGAAAUGUGAGUUGUGCUUCAUUUAGGAGCAACUCUUGAAUGCUUUCCUUUAAGAGUCCAAAAACUAAAUCCUAUCUCAGUACAUCAUUAAGCCUGUCACUAAAAUGACAACGUUCAGCCAACUUCAAUUUAGCCACAUAUGCUAAAAUGAACUCCCCUACCUUUAAAUUCUGCUUAUGAGAUCCAAGUGUUUUUUGUUCAACGAUGGUUUCAGUUACAAUGUUCUUGAAUUACUUUCAUAUCAGCAAAGCUUAUUUUGGCUGGCUUGGUUCGAGUAGUUAAACCUCUUAGCAAACUGAAUACUCUUCUGCCUAAUCUCCUCAGCAAAAAUAACACUUGCUUCAAAUUGGCUAUUUCAUAUGCUUUAAUACAAAAUCUAAUUCUCUCUUGUGUAAUCAAAUGCAUCCAUCUUUCCAAUGUAGCCAGUCAUUUCUCUUCUUUUUUUAAAUUGAUGAUUAUUAUCACCAAGCACUGAAUCUUUAAGAGUUUGUCCAUUUCCUGCCUUGCUGUGCUUCUGAAGGAAAAAAGAUGGUGUGCUUUUUUUUUCAACUCUAAUGUCUCACUGUGCUUCACCAGGUUGGUAGUCAUCUUGGGUGAUUUUUAAAUCUUCCUCAUUACCACUGCUCUGAUCUGUAACUCCAAAGUAUCAAACUUAUUGAAAGAAAAACACAGAAGAACUGGAGAUAACAUAUCAUUAGUUUGUUUUUACUUUUAGCGAGGCAUGUAGUUGCGACAUGAUGAAUGUCAUUUGCAUAUUUUUACAUGUAACCCAUAAUGAUUUAUGUAAACAAGAGAAAAUGCUGAAAUAAAAACAUAUUUACAAUAUUGCUAAAAUGCUGGAUACACUACACCUCCCACAUCCUGUCCAAUGUCUCUAUAUCCCUCCUAUAAUGGGAAGGCCAGAGGUAUUCUCAAGCAAGAGAACAAUAGAUGGAAGUAGGAAGCUUUUCCAUAUACAAGUUCACGGAUGACACCAUUGUUGUGGGCUGUUUUAAAGGGGAUGAUGAAUCAACGCACAGGAGCGAGAUUGACAACUUGGCUGAGUGGUGUAAUAACAACCUUUCACUCAACGUCAAUAAGAUCAAGGAACUGAUUGUAGACUUCAAGAAAAGAAAACCAGAGAUAUAUGAGCAGUAAUCAUUGGAGGAUCAGAGAUAGAGAUAAUUAGUAAUUCCUGGGUGUCACUAUCUCAGAGGACCUGUCCUGGACCAAUCAUAUAAAUAUUAUUUCAAAGAAAGCAAGAUGGCAUUUCUACUUCCUCAGGAGUCUGCAAAGGUUCCGCAUGUCAUCAAAAACUUCCAUAGAUGUGUGGAGGAGAGUGUACUGACAGGCUGCAUUAUGGCCUGGUAUGGGAACUCCAAUGCCACUGAGUGGAAAAUCCUACAAGAGGUAAUGGAUUUGGCCUGGUUAAUCAUGGGAAACCCCACUGAACCAUUGAGCACAGGUAUAUGAAAUGUUGCUGUAGAAAAGCAGCAUCAGUUUUCAAAGAUCUUCACCACUCCGAUCAUGCUCUUACUCACCUGCUGCCGUUAGGAAGAAGGUACAGGAGCCUCAGAAUUUGUACCAGCAGAUGCAUGAACAGUUACUAUCCUUCACCAAUCAGGCUCUUGAACAAAAGGGGAUAGCUAUACUCAUUUAAGGACUGUUAUAUUGUUCUUUCAUGCUUGUUAUUUAUUGCUAAAUAUAUAUAUCUGCAUUGUACAGUUCAUUUACAUUUACUAUUUUAUAGAUUUGCUAAGCAUGCCCACAGAAAAAGAAUCUCAGUGUUGUAUGUGGUGACAUGCAUGCACUUAAUAAUAAAUUUUACU